AAACUGUUUCCCCUUCUUGAACUUGAUUAUUUAGGUUUGUCCAGAUUGCGUUAAAAUCAGUGAUUGUGGUUUUGAAAAAAUAACCGCCCAUCUGGUAAAUUUGAGUGAGUUGUUGUGAGUGAGCUACACAGACGUCUUGAGAGACCCGACCACAUCCCGGCGUUCAGAAGAGUUGGUAACUCUAGGAAAGGACUGGUAGGGGUGACGAGUGGACGCGGGGCGACGAGUGGACGCGGGCAGGCAUGGGUUGCAGCCACAGCAAGAGGAAAAACAAAGCGAAGGAGGAGAAAACAGUGAAGGAAGUCAACAACCAUCAAGAUGGAGGAGGUAAAGUCUCUCUGGAGGAGCUGAACGUGGGUCUAGAAACGGAGAAGCAGCUGGGUCAGUAUGAGUGGCAGCUGAAGAUCCUACGGGAGGUGCUGUCUGCCUCCGGGACCCAGGAGAGGGAGGAGCUACUAAAAGACCCAACCCAAGGAGAGCUCUGUGCCCUGGUCCACAACAUCACUGAGAAGUUUUGUGGCAGAACGGCAAGGACCGGCCCUGCUGAGAAGGUGGAAACAGAGACAGCUGCUGACCUGACUGUUCUCUAUGUGGAGAAGAGCCAGAGGAUCGCAGAGCAGCACGAGAGACAGCUGGAAGAAUGGCAGAUGAUACAGAGUGACGAGACAAAACUACUAACAGAGACUCACCAGGCAGCUGAGAGAACAUUGAAGGAGGAGGUAGAGGAGCUGACUACAGAGCUACAGGUGUACAAUCAGUUAAAGAAGAGAGUUGACCAGUCUACCUUCAAGAAGGACCUGCAGCGGAACAUUCAGGCCCACGGCAGUCCUGGGCCAUUCUGGGAGCGGGAGCAGGAGAGUCUGCUGUUUGUCAUUGAGAUGAAGAGUGAACGUAUUCAGGCACAGGGAAACAAACUGCUACAGAUGCAGGUUCUGGUGGAGAAGAAUCUGUCUCUAGAGGACCAGGUCAUAAAUGUUCUACAGAACAAUGAGGACCUGAGGGUUCGUAUCGACAAACAUCAAAGCCUUCUACAGCAGCUCUCCAAGGAGCACCAGGACCUCCGAGGGGCGUUAGACAGGCAGGCAGGUCUCUGUCAGAGGCUCACCCAGGAGAAAGAGCAACUCAUGUUUAAACUGAAGCACAGAGACUCCUGUCCUACCUUCCCAUCCUUCCCCAUAGUGUCUGAGAUCUCCCCCAGCUGAUCCGAACAGGACAGUCAGGGUUACCUCGAUCUUAAUCCUGUCCCAGGUUGUAAACAUGGAGCCUGAAUCCGGAACAUUUCCCAAAAUUCUGAAAGUAUUAUUUUUUCAGAAUUCCCUGCUUGGAGGAUUCUAAGAAUCAUGAAGGAAUACGUAAUGAAUGAUUCCUCCACCUGAAAUUCUUCCAAGUGUGAUUUCUGAAAAAGCAGGGGCCGUUGGGAAUGUUUGGGGACUUUUUUUGCAACCCUAAUCCUACUUUGACAACCAAAGUCCAGGUACCUUUACAAAGGGCUAUAGUCACAUGUUUGAUGGAACCUGAUGCCAAAUAAUGUUUUUAGUCCAGUUGUGUACCUGCUGUGCCUUACAGUACAUCAUGUUUUCUAUAGCAGUAUGGUGCUCAUACAAAAGGACUGUUUUUUUGGGGGGGGGGGGG